AUGGCGAAUUUGACCCUCUUAUCGUCGACACAGCGACCACGAGCAAGGAUGAUGCAUCCGGCGUUGCUAAUUUUCCUGGUCUCGUUCAUCAACCAGGCAUUAACCUGGACCGGUCGCGAUGCGAUCCAGGCAUUUUUCUACCGCAUCUUUGUAGCGGUAACGCAGCGCAAGGCAUCCCGAGACCUUGCUACCAUGAAGGUGGAACUCUACGACACACGGCAGGAGCUUAACCUCACAAGUGCGCAAGAUCAGUUUUCAAAAUGGGCCAAACUGCGCCGCAAGGUAGAUAAGCUCACACAGCAAGUCGAGGAUAAGAACCGUUCCCUCUCCUCGUCGCAGUUCACGUUUGGCAUCGCGUUCAAGGUGUUUUUGUUUGUGCUAAACACGGCGGUGCCGUCCAUACUAACCUUUUACUUCCGUCGCUCCCCCAUGUUCUACCUCCCACCGGGCGACUGGUUUGGGCCGCUGGGCGCCUGGCUCAGCUGGCCAAAAGCACCAGCCGGCGCGGUGAGCAGCACUGUGUGGACGACGGUGUGUGGACGCGUCUUGUACAUUGUCGGCUCCUACUACUAUGAACUGUUUAUUCGCAAGCCAGUGUCUGUGACAGAGCCCGUAGAAGAGGCCCCGCUGAAAACAGUCCCGAUGCCCGAAGCGCCCAUUGCCUUAACCGGCGACACAGAGAAGCCAGAGACGAUGCUCAAGCAGCGCAAGAAUGCAACAAAGGGAUGA